ACAGCAGGCCUCCGAGGAACGCGGUUGAGAGGGCAGUGAGUGUUCCCUUGGCUUUCACGUUUCCGCCCCUUUUCAAACUAUUUAAAGGAGUGUUCUCCCGAAUCACGUGUGCCGCCCUGAGCUCGACGGCAUGGGCGACGCCAGCGGAGGAGGAGUCGACGAAGUAACCGACUCCACAUCGAGGCUGGAGCGCCCCAGGAGCCUCGAUGUGAAUGGCAUAGACCUAGAGGAAAAAGUCGGCUGGCAGGGGUGGUUCCGGGGCAUCAGCUACACCCUCCUCUGGUACGGCUCCAUCAUGAUGGGAUUCUAUUCUCUCUACUGCCCCGUCCUGCCGCUGCUCCUCAUCAACAGGAAAGUCUACAGGAGGGCGACUGAGGUCAUCUUCACCAUGUGGGAGAGUUUCGCUGUGGCCCUGUUGGAGGUGAUCUACGGCGUGAAGUUCUACAUGUCCGGCGACGUCAUUCGACCCGGGGAGAGAUCCAUCCUCCUCUUGAACCACCGCAAUCGCCUGGACUGGAAUUUCUUCUGGGGCGCCCUGGCUCACGCCUCUUCCCCUCCCGCCCAUAACUGCAAGAUCGUCCUCAAGUCGGGCAUUCGCAAGUUUCCCGGGCUGGGAUGGAUUAUGCAAAUGAGCUGCUAUCUGUACAUCCAUCGUCGAUGGGAGGAAGACCAGAAGCUCAUGUCGAAUAUCCUAGAUUACUACAGGGACAUUAAACAUACAUUCCAGGUUCUGCUUUUCCCUGAGGGAACCAAUCUGACGACAGAAACGAAGAAGAAGAGUGACGAGUUCGCCACGAAAGCUGGUCUCCCCUCUCUCAACAACGUUCUUCAUCCCCGCACAACUGGGUUCACCUAUCUCGUAAAUAAGCUAAGAAACGGCGAUCAACUAGAUGCUGUCUACGACAUCACAGUGGCCUACCCCAAUACUCUACCCCUGACUGAGCUGGAUGUGCUGAGAGGGAGACUGCCCGAAGAAGUUCACUUUCACAUCAAAAGGCAUCAUGUCAGCUCACUGCCGGCAACAGACGAGGGUUUGAAAUCCUGGCUGGCUGGCGUCUGGGCUGAGAAGGACGAACUCCUGAAGAUCACAUUGAGCCAAGGGCAUUUUCCAGGCUGUGCCACAACUCUUUCUCACCCUCCAGUCAACGCUUCCUACCUCUCUAUUCUCUUCUGGUUUCCACUCACUUUUGGUAUGGGUUACUUAUUAUGUACCUGGUGGGUUGUGCAGCUGUGGUGCCUCACUUUCACCAUCUUCUUUGUAGUGAUUUCUGCUGCAACCAAUGGCCUUCAACAUUUUGAAGUCUGGCUGUACAGAAGACAAACCCAAAAUAAAAAAUCAGAGUGAACUUCGAAUGGAAUCAGAUUUUAGCUGUGUGAUAUUUAUGUUGUCAUGAAACCAGUCAGUUUCAUGUGCCAUGAUCGAUGAAAAAUAUUGACGAAGUUAGAUUAGAAGCGAUGGAGGCUAUUAGGAAAGUGCUCCAGCAAAGAAAUAUCUGGUCUUGACAGAAACAUAUUUUCCAUUUUAUGCAGUUUACUUUAACUGCUUUUCAUGGUGGAAAUUCAAGCUGACUUUUUUUCUUAUAUGUAUUCCAACUUGGAGUAUCUUGCGGGAUCUUUUUUUAUAUUCUUCAGUGACAGUGGAAAACAUUUUUCAGUUUUAAAUAGACUGUAUAAUCAUAAAUAAUAGAAAGUGGGACCAAGAUUUAAUGAAUGAUAGUAUGCCAUUAAUAUCAGCCACUUCUAAUGGCAUAAAAAAUAAUAAUAAAUAAAUAAAUCAGGAAAAAAGGCAAGAUAUCUAACAUAGAACAAAAUCCAGAGAAUGGUUUUGGUAUAAUUGGAUUGUCUUCUCACCACUUACUGCAGUUCAAGUCAGUCAGGCAGUGAUGCAUAACACUUUCGAGGAAUAUUAAAGCCUUUCUUCAAUUUAUAUACAACACUAUCAAUGAUUUCCAUAACAACAUUUCAAGUGCUACAAUGAGCAGAUGGAAAGACCUCUUGUAACAGGCAUUGUGAUACCAAGGUACCUCAGAACACAGGAAAGGUUAUAACAAAGGUAAUUUCUGUUAAUAUCUUGUUCCAGUGUCAAUUACUGAUAGGACUUUAGUUUUCUUGGUAUGAAUUUAUGUAUUCUCAAACCCUUUAUAAUAAAUAGCCAUUUCUAUACAAGGCUAAACAUUCAGGAAAGAUGCUUCUUAUAUAGAACAUAUGUACUAACAUCUUUUGGAGUCACUCAGGAAAAGCAGUAAUGCUCUAAGACAAACCCAGAAAUACAUAGGAUGUUCAUUCACUCAGCUUGCUUAUAUGUACUUCACUAUCACAGUAUUUGAUAGCUUUCAGAAAUAUUUGUUUUACUGAAAACAGUAAGUUUGUACUGUUGACAUAGAGUACAAAUAAUCAAAAGAUUAACAAAACAGACUCUAUGAAGACCAGCGUUCUCUUUUAAGAAGUGCAGCCAUUUCUAUUUCGUUCACAUCAAGAGGAAAAAUAAAGAUUUGGCUCAUGCUACAACACACCUUACGUGGUACUGAAAACAGGGAGGAACCACUUUAUAUAUUCAGGUACAUUUAAUUUCCCUUGCUUUUCUCUAUUCAGUAAGUGACCUUACGCUAUCCUCACUAAUGGUAAAAGAAGUGCCAUAAUCCCUGAAUAAUACUUGCCAGAAUUAACCUCUAAACUAGAGGGUGAACUUCAAUUAUACAAAUUUCUUGCUUGAUCAUUUCAAAACUAUGAAGCACUUUUGUGCCUUCUUAUUCACUGGCAAGUAUUCACAUGGAAAGUCCACAAAGGCAACUUCCAACGAACAGAAAGUCCAAGUGUGAAACACGAGAAAUGAUGACAUAAGGAAUGAUAACGAGAAACAAACCAUGAAAUAAAUGUUAAAAAAAAACUUUGGACCUUUCCUAUAUAGUGACCCCCAUGGGUUUUCAACGACUGUUAUCUAGGACUAACAUUCCUUGGUGGUCAUUACCUUUAUAUUUACAGUCUUUAGUUCAUGUUUCUACAGUAAUCACCAAUGGGCUUGUACUAAACACAUCGCAAAGGUGGGUACAUACUGGGUUAAAAUUCUUGGAGGGUCACUACCUAGGAAAGAUCCCAAACUUUAGAUAUGACAGUAUUAUAACUUAUACACAAUUGGGAGGGUUGACAGCUGGUUUAUUUACACUAAAUAGAAUGCAGACCUGUACCAAAGAUAUUUGCUAAUGGUGUGAUGAAUGAGUGACAUCAAGGUAACUGUAAGUGUUUAUAUUUGUAUAUGAGUGUGAUGUUUUGUGUGCUUUGACUGAUUGCUCAUAAGUGUAAGGGUCUUCUUGUGAAUUCUAUGCUUUAUAUAUAUAUAAAGAAAGCAAAAUGUAUUUCUCUGUUCUUGACGUUAUAUAAGAGUAAAACCCAUUACACGAUGACAUUCCUAUUACAGUUUGUGUGUGUUUUUUUUUAAGCAAAUAUAAGUACACCCAAUACAUGUGUGUCUAACAUGAAAAUGCUGCAACAAACUGUGAAACAAUUUGACAAGAUUCAAAGUUUAUUUAUUGUAAAAGAAAACUUUAUUCAUUGUAAAAGUAAAACAUUUUGCUUCAUUACUGCAGAUUGUUAGUCUAGUUUUUAGACUUUCCCGUCUGUUUUAAAAAAUUUACAAAUUUGUAUUUGUAAGGAAACUGUAAAUUGCAUUAAGUUUGAUUAGAAUAUUUUAUUCUUGGUAUGAUUAUACUUUUAAAUAAAUAUAUAUAUACAGGAAGUCACUGGUUAUCAGCAGGGGUUCCGUUCUGAUGGUUUGAUGAUAAGCGAAAAUCGCCGAUAACCAGAUUUUGGCACCUAUGACUGGUUAAUGGGCACAUCUGUUAGAUAUGUAUCUGCACCCAUAUGCUAUUAUCAGUGCUAAUGGGAAAUUGGCACAUUUUGGUGCUGAAAAUUAGACCAGUUUUAUCUGGUUUUAUGACGUAGCGUCAUAAAACCAGAUCCCCGAUAACCAGGGACUGUCUAUAAUAUACAUAUACACAUACUAGUAUAUAUAAUUGGUAAAAACAAUAUAUUAUCACUGGAAAAACUUAACAACUCUGGAGAGUUAAGUAUAAAUGGCCAGCCCUCGUUACUAGUCAAAAAUAAUGUGGUUAGUGCUUUAUAUAACCUCUGGGUAUAAAAUGAGUGCCUUUUGAGAAAUAUUUUGUCAUACAAUACACAAAAUGUGCCAAAAGUUUAAGAGGAGUUCUUGAAGAAGUAGUUAGGCAUUUGAUACCAUUUUCCCCCCAAAAAGGAUUAGCCUCAUAUUUUGUAUCAAAGACAGAAGUGAAGCCAUUGUUUAGUGACUGUCUCAUCUGAAUGCUAUACAUGUAGUGAAUUUACCUAAGCCCUUAAAAUUUAGUUCUAAGUCAGUUAUGUAUUCACAGUGUAUUAAUGAUGAUAAAUUCAGAAGCAUGGUAUCAUGCAGGUAAAAAAUAUAAUGUAACCAUGCAUUUGAGAACUAGAGCGUUUGUUCAGUCACAGCAUGGCUAGUCACCACCAUUUCUUCCAUGGAAAAUAUUACCAUCCUAAUUGAAUACACGAGAUGAGAUAUCUCAAAGCUACUAUGAGCAUUACAUCCCCAAAUUUAAGGUUAGAAUUUGAACAUUACUGACUUGCAAUAUUCUGAAGCAGUCAUUGUACAUUACAGAUAACUUUAAGCAUUUUAAAAUUUCUUUGAUAUUUUUGGGUAGGUUUCUAUUAAGGGUGUCAAAAGGGUUAAAAUAAAAUGUAUAUACUAGCAAAAAUUCUGUAAGGUAGAGACCAGAAUUAAGUAUGGAAAAUACUUGUUUUCUGACAAGUUUUUCCCAUCCAAGAUUUUGUAAUGUAUAUCUAAAAAAACACUUAAUAAUUGAAAAAUAUAUAAUCUUGAUCUUUAAUGAUUCUUUUGUUUUCAGGAGUUCUGCAACAACGAUUAAAAUUACAUUUUACUAUUGUAGUAAACCAGCAGAAUUGACAUAUAUUACCUUACAUAAUAUGCCAAAAGCUUAAUAUAGUACUACUGCUAUUUUGUUAUGGUUAUAAAAGAAUGCCAUUCACUCGGGUAAACUUAUUGUGCUGAAAAUUCCUUUUAAAAUUUGCUGUUAAUCUAUUUGGGUUACAAUUUUUACAUACUAAAAUGUUGAUUUAACAUAUUUACAGAACUGAUUAUGAAAACUAUUUAUAAUACUACCCAAAAGCUGAUGGUUAAGUGAAAUUUUGUCAUUCAAUACUUUUAAUACAAAAAAUAAUGAUAAUAAAUUCUUGUCUAAUGGCACAGGACUGUACAUUGAUGUUGGUGUCCAGCAGCAAUAUUCUAAUUUAUUACUACACUACUAUGGUAACAAGUUUACAAAGCUAAGCUUUGACAAUGUAUUUAGAUUAUACUUAAUUCAUGAACAUACUGCUGUACUUCAUAGGCAAGCCUUUUCUUGGAGGGGCACAGAAUUGUAUAUUACUUGUGGAAAUAUUAGUAACAUUUCAUAUACCAAAUGCUUAUAAAAGUAUUUUACAAGUAUAAAUUAAAUUUAAAACA